AUGCCUCCCAGAGUGUCUUUAAUGCCAUCAGAGAUAGCUGCCCACAAGCGGAACAGCAAAACAAAGGCCAAGUCAUCAAAGAUAAAGGCCUUAGAGCAGAAAGUUUGGAAUGAGACAAUGGCCAACAGUCAUAAGUGCGCACCCACAAUAACUGGACUGCAAUCAGUAUCUGCAGCCAAGUUAGCAUGGAAGACACCUGCAGGAAAGCUAGAUCGCAACAAUGCGGACCAUGGUCAAGGAGCACAUGAAGAGAUCAGCCAUGCUGAAAGUCAAGGUUGUGAGAAAUCAGCAUGCUCUUCAAAUUCCUGCAAGUUGAAGUCAGCCAUGGUGUCAAUUGAAGAUAAUGACACCAUCAGUGAAUACGGAGACAGUGACCAUGCUUCUGAAAAAUCAGACAAUGAUAUGGAGGUUCCUGAAGAUGAUGAUUUUGAGUCACUCUCCCAGGAGGAACUCCUUAAAGAGGUUCAGUCAUGGGCCAUUGAGAACACUAGAGCUGCCAGAAUGCAUUCGCAAACCAGCAGCAAUGUAUCUGAAUGGUUGUCAAUGGCCUCUGGCACUACUGCCAGUGUUCCUCAGGUUGAUGUUGCUGACUUGGACUCAGAGAUGCAGUUUGCUGACAAAGCCUCUGAUGGUCGUGGUCAUUCCAAACCUUAUUACCAUGAGGCUUUAUCAACAGUCACCAAACACCAGCUGGACAAGAAGAAAGACAAGAAGAAAAGGAGCAAGCUAGAAGAAUGA